CCUCUAAUGAACAAAAAUUGUCUUUCCUGUGUUCGCAAUGUGUACCCUUUGUUUACUGGUGUGAUUUUCGCCCACCCGUCAUUUUAUUCACCAUAGUUACGUUCCGUUUCGCAUCCUCUUAUUCAUUUUAUCUUUGGCCAUUUUGUUAGCCAUCCGUCUGCCCCCACUUGCGUACCAGCCUUUACAGCUUCCACAAAAAUGAAUAAAGCGCAGUUCCUUUUUCUGCUUUCGCUCAUUUCGCUACUCUGGAAAGGUGCAGACAUAAAAUGCUCAGCCCUCACUGGGGCUGCUCCCGAAGGCCCCAGUUUCGCCCAAACGAAGGCCCAAAGCGCGGAAAAAAAUAUGCCCGAAUUGUUCAGCUUAUUUUCCGCAAAACCGAAAUCAGCGCAGCCAAUGUUUAACUUUUUUCUGGAGGAAAAUCGAAAUUUAUGGCUACAUCGCACGAAGAACAAUGAAGCGAACAGAAACACGCGAAGACGCUUUUCUGACUUUCAAGAACUCAGACAGAACGACUUGUCGCGCUUUCACGAAUUGAUGGGCAUCCAGAAUGAGCAAAUGGAUAUGCUGAAAAAUGCCAUACUGUCCAUGGAGGAGGUUUAAAAGGAUUGGAAAAAUGCGAAGCAGUUGUCGCCAGGCAAAUGGCAAUUCUCCCUUUAAGCGUUUUCUUCUUUGUGUAAACAUUUUAUUUCGGCUGCCCAUUCGUCCGUUGCGCUUUCUUUUUACAAUUUUUUUUCCCCAUUUGUCGUUAAGCAGUGGUUAAGCAGCGGUUUGGCAGCGGUUACGCUUGACUUAGUUUGCAUGCCCCUUUGGGGUAACGCUGCCUUUAAAACGAAGUGCCUGAAUUUGCUGCGUAAGUAUAAGCGCCAUCGUGCAGGGGUGCACACGCAUAUGCAUUCGUAUAAAGUAGUACAUUUUUUUUUCCCCCACAUUUUACCCCUUCCUUUUUUCUGUUUUUUCGUGAAGUGGUUUUUAUGGACAGACAGCGGAUAUAUAAAAUUAUUUAACUGUUUCCUCUGUCGCUUCCGCGCGGUAUGCUCGUCUAAAGGCGGACUUACAACAUGGUAAAAGGC